GUCACUCCGAAACACAAACGGAAGACAGUAACCCUAAUAAUCCUCUCCCAAACAGAUCUGAGUCCCUGACUACGACCCGCGAGCGUAGAGCUUCCCUCUCGUCGCCGUCAUCGCGAGUUCAUCGCCGGAAUCAUCUCCGCCGACUUAUUUCCGACCUGAACCCCAACCGCCUAUACUACGUUUGCUUUUUGAUCCCGCUCCUGCCCGAAGAAUCUCCACUCCGAACUCCGCACUUUUCUCUCCUAGCCCCAUCCUAUCUGGGGGUAUACCGACGGCGUCUGUGACCUCGUUACCGAUCGACUGCUGUCCAUUUGAACCGACAUGGCGGAUCCUGAAUUAGAAGCUAUCCGGCAAAGGAGAAUGCAGGAGCUGAUGGCUCAACGCAGUGCUGGAAACCCUGAUCAACAAAAGGCCCAAGAAGAUGCUAAAAGGGAGGCGGAUGAGGAGAGAAGGCAAUUGAUGCUCAGUCAGAUCCUUACCUCUGAAGCAAGGGAAAGAGUUGCCCGGAUUUCAUUAGUGAAGCCUGAGAAGGCCAGAGGUGUUGAAGAUAUAAUACUUAGAGCUGCUCAAAUGGGCCAGAUUGUGGAGAAGGUGUCACAAGAAAAGCUCAUUGAGUUGCUUGAGCAGAUCAACACUCAAACCACCAAACAAACAAAAGUAACCAUCCAGAGGCGUCGCUUUGAGGAUGAUGAUUAGUUCCAUUCCUCCUGCUCCCGUAUUGGGUGAUGAUUAUACAGCGCUUCAUAUUUAUGUUAAAAGAUUAAUCUUAGGUGUAAGUACUGUGUUCAAUGGCUAUAUUUGUAAUUUGUGUAGUGAGUGCUACUCUUUGGUGUGUAUUUUGAUCUUCUGCUUGUUUUCGAGUGGCGUUGUUUUAAGAGAAAAUAUAUAUGCUUCAAAACAUUUCUCUCCCUAGGCCCUUCUAUUCAAAUUCUAACCAGCCACUUUUUAUUUAAUCAAGUUUUAGAACUCGGUUAAGUUGAAGUGCAAGUUUAUUUUAGGGAUGAAAGCAAUUUUUUUAGACCAAAGGCUUAUUGCUAUGGAAAAU